CGGCUCAGAGGCAGGAGGCUGGCUCAAGAGGACCCCCAGCAUGCCAGCUGAGCAGUCCCAGUGAGCAGAAUUGUUGGACCACUCAACGAGUUUAGGUCAUUUUUGUGCUUCUGUGAAUUCAAUACCUGUUAGCUAGAUAGCUACUGGAAUGGAGAAUGACAUUCUGGACUCGCUUGAAGACCUGGGUUACCAAGGCCCUCUGUUAGAGGAUGGGGCACUAGAGGCAGCAGCAAAUGUGGGAGCGGCUUCACCAGAGUUCACCAAGCUGUGUGCCUGGAUUGUGUCAGAACUGAAACUCUACUGCCAACUGGAAGAGAAUGUCCAUGCCACCAAUUGUCCAAGUGAGGCUGAGGGCUUUCAGCUGGAAGUGAGUGGUCUGCUGUCUGAGCUGGCCUGCCCAUACUCUGUCCUCUCUUCUGGAGACGUCACGCAGCGGCUUCUCAACAAGAGAAACUGCCUACUACUCAUCACCUUUCUAAUCUCGGAGCUGGAGGCAUCGAGGAUGAUCCUGGUGAACAAGCCCCAAAAGGCCGCUGAGCAGGCUGGGGGAAGUGAGGUGUUUAUGGAGCUGAAGGGCAUCUGUUUGGCCUUGGGAAUGUCCAAGCCCCCUGUCAAUAUCACCAUGUUCCAGUUCUUCAGCGGCAUUGAGAAGAAACUGAAGGAAGCCCUGGCCAAGGUGCCACCAACUCAUGUCGGACGUCCUCUCAUGAAGAAAGCACUUGGACCAGUUCACUGGGAAAAAAUUGAGGCCAUCAACCAAGCACUUGUGAAUGAGUAUGAUGUCAGGAGAAAGAUGUUGUUGAAGCGUCUUGAUGUGACAGUUCAGUCCUUCGGGUGGUCUGAUAAAGCCAAGACACAUGCUGAAAAGCUGGCCAAAGUUUACCCGCCUCUUCGUUCGACACUGUCUGCCAAGAGCAAAGUCACUGUGGCCCACCUCUUUGCUGCACGAGAAGACCUCUCCAACAUCCUGCGCACGAGCAGCGGCAGGAUAAGAGAGAAAACGGCGUGCGCCAUCAACAAGAUUCUGAUGGGGCGCGUGCCAGACAGAGGCGGGCGACCCACCGAAAUUGAGGCUCCCCCUCCUGAGAUGCCCACCUGGCAGAAGAGGCAGGACGGCCCCCAGGGAGGAGGACAGCAGUAUGGAGGGGGUGGACGAGGGGGCGGCAGGGGGGGCUACGAACAGCAUGGAGGUCGUGGAGGCCACGAGCGAGGAGGAGGAGGAGGCUAUGACAGGGGUGGCAGGGGUGGAGGAGGGGGCGGCCGAGGGGGUAAGGUGCAGGGCGGCUGGUCAGAUGGAGGAGGCGGAGGUUACAACCAAGGUCAUUACCAGGAGGGCGGAGGUCAUCAAGGUAGUAGUGGAAGAGGAAGUUACGGGGGAGCGAACUACCAGGGAGGCUUCCAGGGUCCUGGUUACUCUGGAGGAGGACACCAGGGGGGAGGAGGGGUAGGGGUGGGUGGAGGUUUCCAGCAUGACAACCAUUACCAAGAUGGAGGUCGGCAUCAGGAGAGGGGAGGUCGAGGGGGUCGUGGAGGAAGGGGCAGAGGUGGGAGAGGAGGCCAGGGGGGUGGAUGGGGGGUGAGAGGUGGUCAGAAUUUUAACCAAGGAGGACAAUUUGAACAGUUCUUCCAACAUGGUGGCCAGCAGUACAAUCAGGCAGGCUUCAGCCAGGGCAGACACUACACUAGUUAAAACAAAGUGCAGGCCUUUACAGCAGAGUCCUUUCAGGUAUGAAAGAGAAAAUGCCUUAUCUCAAUGUGAAUAUGAAAAAAGCAUGUUUUAACAUCCUUUAUUCCCCUGAAAAUGUAUGAAAGUGUAGCUGCUGCAUGCAUGAAAAGUCCCACAACAAGCCUUUUUCUGGAUUCCAUCUUGAGGUAUGUUACAGAGGACUGUUCAGUGUAGUAUUUUGCAUAGCGGGUGUUUUUCGUUGUGUGUGCAGUGUUCCGCUAUUUGCGACAUGAUCGCCAAGGGUUGUCUGCCGCAAAUUCAUUGUGGUGCCAACUUUAACUACUGCAUGGGCUCUGCUGUCCUGACUUUGUUGCGACACUACUCUAGCCUUAUCGCUGAGAUUUGAGAGAGGAGACAGAAGGGUGUCCUAGAGGUUUUCAGUGUUUAAAUACUUGUAUGUCUGAUAAUAGGACUACAUAUGGGGUUCUUGCAGUCCAUCCUAUAGUUUUAUUGAAUUUGAUUGAUACUUGAAAAGAAACUAGCUUUAUUUCUCCAGUAUUUGUUUUAAACUAUAGUUUACAUAAGCUCAAAAUAAUAAGAAAAAAACUGAGCAUCAGAAUGUUUUUUUUUUUUUCUCUCAUUGGAAGUAGUUAUUACUGGUAUCUACUCUCUUAUUUAAAAGAUGCCACCUAUGCUGCUUAUGGACAUAAUUGUGUACAUAUUUGGAUGUGAGACAGAUUGUUUGGAAGUAUGAAUGAGUGGAAGGUGAGCAAUAAACUGUUGAUUUCA